AUAUACGCAUGUGUCACUUGAACUUAUCUUGCUUGCCAGUGUGUUUGAAGUUUCAGAUGAAGUACGACUAGGACAUAGUUAUCUGGAACGAUAUGUUUAGUAAUAUUUCUUUUAAGAAUGAUGAUGUUCAGAUCAAAGUGACUGUUUGAGGCUGAAGUUCGUUUACCAGUGAGAGUGCCAGGAAAGGCUAUUGAAAUAUGGAAGUAUGUAGAGACAGGGUAUGUCUUCUAAUAGUCCUGAUAAACCCGUCAUUGGCAGAUGUUAUCCUAAGAUUACCUACGGAUAUAGAAUUAGGAAAACCAUUGGUCUUUAAUUGCGAAAUCUCAAAUAUAAUUCCAACAAGAAGAAGCAGACAGUGGCGAGGCGGAAUCGGUAACAAACUAUUAUGCUACGAUGGAAUUUCUGUUGAUCCAACAAAAUACAAAGAAAGGAAGAUAAAUCAAACAAAUUAUGAAUUAAUUGUAAAAGAAACAUCUGAAAGCGAUUUGCAAUGCCAAUAUGCAUGUCUGGUUGGAUUCGAAAGCGAUCAAAAGUUUUUGGAAGUAAAUGAAACUAAUUUUUUGCAAUUGCCUGAUGAACACUUCACUAAAAUGUACUACCAAAUGCAGAAUGGAAAAUAUAGUCUGAAAUUAAUUCUCAGAAAAGUAUUCCCAAAACCAGUGUGUGAGCUGAAAAUGAAAGAAGCAAAUAUAAAUAUACCUGUUGCAGAUUUACAGAGGUUCCACGUGUUACUAGAUGUGACAUACGUUUUAGAUUUAAGUGACAAAAUGACGGCCUGUGGCAAAGUUGAAUGUCAAUUACGAAGGAAGAGUUUUCUGGUCAGAUUAGAAAACAGCGCUACUUGCAACCCCCCAAUGACUAGCCAAGACAGUAAAACGCCAUCUAUAGUCAUUGGUGUAGGUGUAUCUUGCAUUAUAGUAUUUGGCCUGUUUGUAUCCUGGGUAAUAGUAAAAAGAUGUAAAGGAAAUGACAGACUUAAUGAUGAAAAUAUCAGGCAUACUAAUGAAGACAGCUUGAUGAUAUAGAAUAGAGGAACGUGUGUGUGUGAAUGAAUAUAUCGCAAUUUAAAAAAAACCCUUUUUAACAUGUUUAACACUUUUGUUUUCAGGAAAAUUUGCUUUAUUUAUAUUGAGUGUAAAAAGUACGAGAGUUUAUAUUUGAGUUUAAACUGUACAUUGAUGAUUUGAUAUUCAUGUAACUUGUACAAUACAUUGUAUAUAUAGAAUGUGUUCGCAGAUAAAUUUGUAGAGUGCAACAUUAA